GCAAAUUAAACUCCUUUGUGUCUGCACGACCAUAGGCCCUUGCUGUGGUCCAAGGUUCUAAACAUAUAACCUGGUUUUGUUAUGUCUAUCUUCGAAUAUAAGUCUGAUUCAUCGGGCUUCGGGAGCAUUCACUGCCUCGCCAGUUGGAUUUCUAUUCAUUUCUGUCACUGAAUUUACAUACGAUUUUUUUUAUGAUGUUAUUGAAAUUAUUCGAUAUAAUGAGUACUGUAGUCAGAUAGAAGUGUUGGUCUAUACACAAUCAGUGCAUAGUACUAAGAAUUAUGCUCUUAACCAAAAGGAAAAUUUAGUCUUUUUUGAACACAACUUCUCUCCACAUGAAUUUUGAAUAUUACUGUGGUUGAUGAAUGAAUGAAUAAAUAUUGGUUUUUUUUUAUUCAACAUUUCACCCAGAGGUACCUCACAAGGCAAUCUUAAGCCUUAGUAACGAGGUAAUAAAUAUUGUUAUAAAGUAGGCCUAUAUUGAUAAAAUUUGAAGUAUAUAUAAUAUGAAUUAUUGAAAUUUUCGAUAUCUCAACAAUAUUGCAGGUAUUUUUUUGUCUUUGUGGCUAUACCAAAAAAAAAAUAAAUAUUGUUCAGUGAUUUGCAGGACACAAGAUGGACGUAGGUUACGCAGCGCUGAAACCAAGCCGGUUCAGGAGUGCAAACAUCUUCUCAAAAGUAUUUUUUUACUGGGCUUGGUAUAUGUUUAGACUGGGGAAUACUGGAUCUAUUACACCAGAAGAGUUCGAAAACGUUCCACCUGAUUUAACGUCCGAAUACCUAGUUGACAGUUUAGAAAGAAAAUGGAAUAAAGAGUUGUAUGCGCAGAAAACAGACGGGACUAAGCCAAGCAUGAGGCGCGCUUUAAGCAAAACGUUUCUCCCACAAAUGAUACUCUUCAAUAUCAUAGGGUUUUUUGAGGAAGCACUAAAAUUAUUACAGCCAAUUGUACUAGGAUUAUUAAUUAACUACUUUGAAGUGGACUCAUCAGCAACGCUGAGUCAGGGUCUGCUGUACGCAGGAAUACUUUCUUUAAUCACAGUUAUACUCAACAUUAUUCAUGAGCCUUACUUCUUCUAUAAUCAAGUGUUUGGCAUGAAAAUAAGAAUUGCUUGCUGCGGUAUCAUGUACAAGAAGGCUUUGAAGUUGAGCAACGCAGCCUUGUCGAAAACAUCAGCAGGACAAAUAAACAAUCUGAUGACAAAUGAUGUCAACAGAUUCGAUAUAGUAAGCACAACAUUGUCUUAUAAGAUGGCUAUGGUAUUCCCGUAUAUCUGGUUGGGGCCUAUCGAUAGUGUUAUAGCAUUGUUCAUAAUGGUGUAUUACGUUGGCAUGAAAUGGAAAUACGUACUGAUUGGGUACUCUAUACUCAUGCUUUGCCUAUUACCAAUGCAAACGUGUUUGGGGACCAUUUUCGGCUUCUACAGAAAGAAGACGGCCACAAUUACCGAUAAAAGGAUCACAAUAAUGAGUGAGGUUCUAGCAGCCAUGCGGGUCAUAAAAAUGUAUGCAUGGGAAAAACCAUUUGCCCGAAUGGUGAAACAAGUUAGGCGAUCUGAGAUCUCUGCCAUUAUGUUUGCUUCGAUACUAAAGUGUUUAAAUCUUGCAAUAGCUUACGCUGGUAACCGACUGCUUGAGGUGAUAUUUUUAACCAUUUAUUUCCUGACAACUGAAGACUUUUCCUCUUCCACCGUGUUUGUAAUCUCCAGUUUGAUGUCUGCUAUUCGAACGCCAUUGCUGCGUUCCAUGCCGCAGGCGAUUCAACUAAUAUCUGAGUGUCUCGUUGGUUGUAAUCGCAUUGAGGAAUUUAUGUUACUUGAAGAACAAAACACAAGCAUUUCGGGACUUGAGUUUCAACAUGUUUAUGAAGCUACUGAGCCAGGUAUCACAGUUACAAAUCUCUCCGGCACCUGGGACGAUACAUUUUUGCUUUACGAUAACGAUCAUUUUAAACCGUCGUCAUGUACCAAAGGAACAGUUACGCUACUGAAUGGAGAUACGCAUAUGUUCACUGAGAGGUUUGACUCUCCUGUAAUAGAUGGAAUCUCUGUCACAGUCUGUGAAGGAGAAAUGUUAGCAAUCAUUGGUCCAGUUGGAUCUGGAAAAUCAACCCUCCUACUAGCCUUACUUCAGGAACUACCGUUUAUGUCUGGACAAAUUCACCUGCGUGGUAGUAUUGCAUAUGUCUCGCAGAAGGCGUGUAUUUUCCCGGGAACUAUACGACAAAACAUACUUUUUGGGAAGAAAUUUGAUGAAGAUUACUACCAGACUAUCAUCGAAGUAGCUGCACUUUCAAGGGACUUCGAAAUUUUACCGAAAGGAGACAUGACUAUGAUUGGUGAGCGUGGUGUUACCUUGAGUGGUGGACAGCAAGCAAGGGUCAACCUAGCGAGGGCGCUAUAUAAAGAUGCUGACAUUUAUGUUUUAGAUGACCCACUGAGUGCAGUCGACACCAAAGUUGGAAAACAAAUAUUUGAAAAAUGCAUCAUGGAAUACCUUCAUAAAAAGCCUCGAAUUCUAAUCACUCACCAGUUGCAGUAUUUACACGACGCUGAUAGGAUUUUGCUUUUAAAAAAUGGUAAAAUUGAAAGAAUAGGAACAUACGACGAUGUAAAAAAUUCCGAUGAUUUCAUAGCAUCUGUCACAAGUGACGAAGAAGACGAAAAAAUGAAACGGCAAAGCGACUCGGAAGAAGAUAUUUCGAUGUUCAUGAAGCUUUCAAAUAACCCAAGUGCUACAGGGACGGUCAACGAAAAAACUCCCCUUGCUGGAAUUAAAGGAAUGGCGGACGAAAAGGGUCAACAAGGUCAUGUCAGUUGCCAGGUUUACAAGCGUUUCUUUCGUGCCGGCGGUGGCUAUCUUUUGCUUUUUAUCCUGUUAUUCUUCAUUGUGGUAACUCAGAUCAUAUACGUGAUGGCUGACUUCUGGGUUUCCCAUUGGGCAAAUCAAGAGGAAUGUAGAACUCUGAACGUGACUUGUCCUGAUGAUGUAUUUGGCGAUCCAUAUCGUUACAUAGAUUUGAGUAAUAAACAGUCUGCAUAUGUGUUUAUCGGUUUAAUUGGCGUAAACACAUUGUUUGCCGUACUACGCGCCGUUAUCUUCUUCUACGUGGUGUUAACAGCGACAAAGAAUCUUCAUGGCUAUAUGUUUGACAGCGUCAUUCGAACACCUAUACUUUUCUUUGAUGUGAACCCAGUUGGUCGAAUCUUAAAUCGCUUCACCAAAGAUAUGGGUAUUAUGGAUGACACUUUACCGGCAAUGUUCUUUGAUGCUCUUCAGAUCCUCUUUCUAGCCAGUAGUAUAAUCCUUGUGAAUUGUAUUCUAAACUGGUAUUUGAUCUUCAUCACACUCCCAUUAUGCUUAUUAUAUUUCCUGGUGCGGCAUUAUGGAAUCCCAACACUUCAUGAUAUUAAGAGAUGGGAAGGCAUCUUGCGGUCUCCCGUGUUUGCGCAAGUAACACAAACAAUGGACGGUUUAAUAACGUUACGUUCCUACAAAAUGCAGCCUCAAUUUCUAAAGAAUUUCUACCUUGUUCAAGACCGUCAUUCCGAGGUUUGGUUGCUGUACUUGGCAGCUUCACGUGCUUGUGCUGUCUGGGUGUACAUCAUAAUAAAUAUCUUUAUGACUUUCACAUCGUUUGGAAGUAUAUUUGCCAGAGAUUCUCUGAAUGCUGGCUUGGUUGGAAUUAUCUUGAGCAGAACAUUACUUCUAUGUCAAAUAUUCCAAUACGUAUUCUUCUUAACAAAUUACGUAGAAAACCUGAUGACGUCUGUAGAGCGUGUCUUGGAAUACACAAAGCUAAAACCAGAAGCACCUCUGAGAAUCCUUGCAACCAAGCCUCCGUCAUCUUGGCCAGGUGAUGGUGGAGUGAGCUUCAAACAUGUGUCUCUAUCCUACUCCCCAAACGGACCUAACGUAUUGAAGAAUAUGACGCUUGAAAUUUUCCCUAAGGAAAAGAUUGGAGUUGUUGGUAGGACAGGAGCUGGUAAGAGUUCUCUAAUCACAGCCUUGUUUCGCUUGGCAGAGCCUAAAGGGACCAUCACAAUUGAUGGCAUCGACAUCAGUACUAUUGGACUACAUGAACUUCGAAAAAAAAUAUCAAUCAUUCCUCAGGAUCCUGUUCUGUUUUCUACGUCACUUCGUCUUAAUUUAGAUCCUUUAGGUGAAUAUCAAGACUUCGAAAUAUGGCAUGCUUUGGAGAGUGUAACGUUAAAUUUGUUUGUCCGUGGAAGCACUGGUCAAUUAGAAAUGGACGUCGGUGAAGGCGGGGCAAACUUUAGUGUUGGUCAGCGGCAGCUUAUUUGUCUUGCUAGAGCAAUUCUUCGUCAAAAUCGUGUCUUGAUCCUCGAUGAAGCAACAGCUAAUGUUGACCAAUAUACAGACACAUUGAUUCAAGAAAUGAUUCGGAAGCAAUUUAAAUCAUGCACCGUGCUUACUGUUGCCCAUAGACUGAAUACUGUCAUGGACGCCGAUAGAAUAAUGGUUCUUGAUGCAGGAGAAGUAAAAGAAUUCGACGCACCUUACACCUUGUUAAAAAAACGAAAAUCAUUCCUGGGCAGAUUAGUGAAGAAACUUAGCUAUGGAGAAAGAAAGCGACUUGUGCAAGUAGCUAAAAUGCACCAUGAUAUCAAAAAGAACAGUUUGACAAAGUUGAUGUAGAUUUAUUCCAUGAUGUUUUACAGUUGACGAUAUUAUUUGAAUCAUAUACUCCUCACUCUUUUUAUUUUUACAAAGCAUUAGGCACAAGAGCCAAUGAUAAUGCCAAACAGUGAACUUAAUCUAGUGGCGGAUUGGGAGUGGGGUUGGUGGGGUAGGGUGAAUAGGAUAGCUAGCCACCCCCCUAGGUUUACCGUGAAAGAAAAAAUGGACACUCGUCUUGUGUGUGUGUGUAUGUGUGUGUGUGUUUGUGUGUGUGCUUCGCGUGCUGUACACAUUACGUGUAGUAGCCUACUCUGGCAAAACAUACACUUAAUAUUUUAAGCUUAACUUUUUUAAAUGCCAUCUAAGAACGUCUAGUCCGUCUACUAAUUCCACAAAUAUCUCCAAAGGGAGGGGACGCCCCUCCGAAAACCACCUCACCCCUGCUGGUUCUUCUCACCUCCCAUUAUCCACCCCCAUUGGUAAAUCCCUGAUCCGGCACUGUAAUCACUCUUCGAAUUGGUAAUCCCGUCAAAACAUCACACAAGCGAAGCUCUACAUCUACUGAAGACUAAGUCACAUUAUAGGGCUUAGGGAGUGGAGUUGUUUUGGUCGUAAAAAAUCAUAUUACUGUGACAAAAAUUGAAGCCAGGGACCUGGGAUUGGAAAGCAAGCAUCUUAAUUUACCAAGCUAUUCAACUCGAUGCUUUGUAGUUCCCGAUAUUAUUCUUAAUACUUUUUGUUUUAUCUAGGCCUAUGUAUAUCAGAGUUUUAGCUUGGUUACAGUGAUACAGUAACAAUCAGAAAACAUGACUUUUAAGAACUAUCAAAUACACACCUGAUCACCUUGUUUAUAAGCCACCUCAAUAGUUUCCUUCCGCAAAAGCAGCAAAACUAUUAAAAUGAAUUGAGCCACUAGUCAAAAUUAAAAUAGCGCACUAUUUCUUAGAUGCUUUUGCAUUAUGUAAGAAAAAUUGUUCAGUAAAUGUCAUACGUAUCUUGCAACAA